CUGAUCUAUAUUUUUAAAUAUUAAGAAAAUGAUCGUAAAACAUUUGGUUCCUAGAAAUUUUCUAUGUUAUUUCCCUUUGAAAACGGGUGCACUGUUUGUGGGCGUGUUUAUGAGUUGUAUCGCGCUAACAAGUUGCAUAGUUUUGUUAGUUCAAGUAUGUCAAAUGGAUGAUAAAUUAUGCCAAAAAUUUGUAUGGAGAACCGCCUUCAGUUUUCAUGUGAUAGCUGUUAUUUAUAACGUUAUUAUAAUUGUUAUAAAUCUUAUAUUAAUAUGGGCAGUGUUAAAAAGUAAACGAAUACUAUUGCUGUGCUGGGUGAUUGUAACUGAUGUAUGGCUGGCACAAAUGUUUCUACUGCUUAUCGUACUGCUGUGUAUAUACAGUCUGGAAGUAAGCCUCGCUGCCUGGAUACUUUCGACAAUAUUUGGAUUAUUGGCUAUCGGAAUUCUAAUCUACUUGUCAAUGAUUGUUUUUGGAUAUUGGAUAGAGACAAAAGGAAACGACAAAAGCAUCCCAGUUACAAUUAAUGACACAUCGUAAUAAUUGCAUAGUAUUUACUAUUAUUAUUUUGAAUAAAU